AUGGACACAACUUCAACAGAAAUGGACACGACUUCAACGAAAAUGGACAAGACUUCAACGAAAAUGGACGAGACUUCAAUGAAAAUGGGCACGAUCUCAACGAAAAUGAGCAGGCCUUUAGUGAAAAUGCAAACGAGUCCGAUACAAAUGCUUGCAAGUCAGUUGCAAGUUCAAAAAUUCAGUGGUGAGCAAAUAGAAAUGCAACAUUUUGUUGGGUGA